AUGCCUCUGGAGGGGAAGUCAGACAUGGAUCGCGUGGGCCUGUUUAAAGAGAUGGGCUAUAUUUCCAUAGGGGAUAAAUACACGCCUUAUGUUUAUCGUCCCUUUAAUGAAUCUGCAUAUAAGAAUAAACAAAUGUUGACAUCCGGACCAAAGAGGAAGUCUGCUUUACAGGCAGGUUAUUUUGACACGCAGUUCAAUAGAAUCUUUGAGAGGGAAGCCCUAACAGAUACAGUGAAACUUCAGAGGCAAUACAGGAUUCAACAGGCCAAGAAGAACUUAGGAAAAGCCUUCCUUCCCAGCAACGGAGAGAAGAAACCGUCCGGAGUAGGCGGUUACUAUGGGACGAUUGGAGGUCCUGUACAAGCUAUGAGUGUGCUGCAGAUCCCAAAGAAACCAUACAAAUCUCCUGGCAAGAACUUCUACACCAGUCCACCCAAAAAAGGGAGUGGCUACGGUUAUCCAAAUGUGACCUUGUCUAAAAUGGACUCCUAUGCCUCAGACCUCUAUGACCGAGCCAAAGAGAUGUCGCAGCGUGAGAUGGCGGCCCAUAAAUCCAUGCUGAAAGGAGGGCCUUUCCGUCUGAACCUCCGUCCAAAAGAGUGUUUUGAUAGCAAUCCUUACAAAUUUGACAAACCCUUACCACCUACAAAGAAAACAGAGGAGAAAAAACACUUUGUCGUGCCCUUCAAACCAAGCUCGCCCAGCAAAAAGAUCGGAGGGAUGAAAGCUGGGACUUUUAGCUCUUAUCCGGCCCACUCAGCGGACGCUUACUUUGGCCAGAAGCCCUUAACCACAAACAAAGAGGGAAAAGUGUUCCGUCCCUCACCCGGAACUAAAAGCACACCGGUCAAGAGCAUUCUCGGAGUUAACAUUAACAAGGCAAUUAAUUCCUCAAACUACAAUCAGAUUGCUUCGGUUAUGGCAUACUGA